CAAAUGGCAGAUUGCUAUCAUACGGUUGCUAAUAGCAACUUGCUAUGUUUUAUUUGCUCGAUAAUCAUUUUGACAAGUAGGAACUUUUUACAAUGUCUUUGGUUAUCAUUUCAAAUCACAACGAAUGUAUUUACGACAUAACGCGCAAGCAGCAGGAACGCGCUAAAAAAGCGGAAGAAAUCCUGGGGGAUGGCGACAAAAAUUUGCAGCUCGAUAUUGCGAGAAGAAGGGAAAAAUUUAACUUUAAUUUGCGAUGCGAAAAAAGGGCGCACGCUACUAUGGGAGUGUCGGAGGAGAUCCCGCCGGAUCCAGAGAAUUUUUUGAAGAAAGGAACUGGAAAACAAGCGAAUAGCAAGUGCAGGGAAAUUGUUAAAACGCCUAGAUGUUUACUGAGCUCAAAAAGGCCGCCGAUUCCGCCAGUCGAUGUUAAAAAAAAUAAUGACACCCCAAAAACGAAUUUUAUUACGAAAAAUAUAAAAACAGUUAAGGAAAUGAAGGCGAAAGAACCAAUACACAGGGUUGUCGUACACAGUUCUGGAGCGACGAAACCUUUGACGUAUUUUGUUAAAGGAGAGGAAUACGGUGCCGUUCCCAACUAUUUGGUGAAGCUUAAAGAAGAAGCUGAAGAAAAGAGGCUUAAAGCUGCAGAAGAAGUCUCGUUUAAACAGCCGCUAUGUCGAUACAUUACAAGCGACGAAAGAGAAGCCCUUCUUGAGGGCCUUAAACAAAAUUGGGAAGAACUUCAGAUAGCUUAUCAGGGACUUCCGAUUCUAACCGACACCAUUCCAAAGAUCAAUAAAAAAGUCAGAUUGGAAAAUGAUCUUAAACAGCUAGAAAACGAUAUUGUAAAAGUGGAAAAACAUCCAUAUUUGUAUGUUUACCGGGACGAAAUUGAAAAAGAAAAACAAUAAAACGUGUGUUCUUUUGUGUUUAUUAAUCUACAAAAUAUAUUAUUUUACUUAAUCUGAAUAAAAAAACUCUUAAAAUGUAUUUAAUAAAAGUGGCAGUUUAUUAAUACAAUUGUUUUUGGAAAACAACGUUAAUACUGAUACAAAAUACCAAGGAUAAAACCAUCAAAACUGUUCUCUAUACAUUAUCAGUUCCAAACAUAAGCACAUACAUAACAUAAAACGUAAAAAAUAUAAACAUAAUGGAAGCCACAAACACAAACGACUUUCUGUUAUGUGUUCGUAGAUGUGCCAAUUGUUCUUCAUUUGUGGCCAAUAACUUUCUUACUUCGUCCAGUUCAGUUUUUAUUUCCUUUUGCUUACUUUCUGGUAAAUCUUUAUCAUAUAAUUGCUUUUCUAAUAAAUCUACACGGGCGUAUGUCGAUUUUAGCGCUUCUUCAGUUUUUGCUAUCUUAAAUUUUCACUUUUUUAUAUUGUUAAAAUUAAGUAAAGUUAUUUACCUCUUUCAUUAUCUGACAAUUAUCGUUUAAAGCCAUGUUAAAAAUUUAAAAUUAAUACAAAUUUAUUUACGGUAAAAAUAUAGGUUAUGUAUGUUAAUCU